AUGAAAACAAGUCAAAUAAGAAGACUCUGCAAUUACCCAAAGCAUAAAAUAGGUCUACCCAAGGCCCUUUGGAUCUCAACCACACCAGAAGUAUAUAACAACACUCUGAAAUGGCCUGAUUAUUUAAACCUUGGUAGUAAAAAUCAACCAAGGAACAUUUGUGACGACCGGACCCCAAAAUUACAUAGACUUGUUUACAGAGCGCGAUCUUUUCCAGUCGCGAAACUAUGUGUCCCUUUAUUCAAUAGAAAUAGCCCUAAUGUCAAUCCACUUGUAAAAAUGCGAUGUCAUGAACAUAUUUGA